GAAUAAUAAAAUUUUGUAUCACAAAUACGCCCGGUGUUGCGCUUCCAGUUCACUAUAAAACCCAAUCUCAGGGGACGAACUGCACUCACUACGCUGACUAUUACCAGUCGAAUUUUCAGGUGAGCUCAACAAUGCCGUUUCGACAUGCGAUGAUUUUGCUGAUUGUGCUAGGCAUUUCUUGUUCUUUGGCGGCUGUUUGUUCUUCAUUACCUGCUUCCCGUUAUGAAAAAUCGGCCAACCUCAACGGCAUUCCUCUGAAAUUUGCUGCUACUCAUUUUCCGCCUCAUAACAUACUGACUUUGAUGCCUAACGGGAACUACACAGACAUCGGUAGUACCCCGUUGUAUUUCGCCUGGCUCGCAGAAAAGCUCAACUUUACGAUUUCUUAUGAUUAUCUGCCUAACGAAAUAACAAAAUCUCAGUAUGGCAAUUUGGGCGACAUCGCUCUCGUUCUAAAAGUUGUCCAGGACAAGAAAUUCGACAGAUCAUCUAGAUUUAUUAUUGCUUCUUCAGAAAGAAUGAAAACGACCGAUUUUGCCAUUUUCAUGUGGGCUGAAUCGCUAGCCAUGGUAGUUCCUCUCCCUGGAGAAGAGCAUCGAAUUUUUGCAUUUGUUCACCCGUUUCAGUCCACGGUAUGGCUGCUCAUCUUUAUUGCCGGUUUCAUAAUGGUUGUCUUAAUGGCACUCUUUUCGGAAAUUUAUUGCAAUUUUUUUUUAAGUCCUGAAACUUCCGUCUGCAUUGCUAGAAAAUGUACGAUAAAUGGUUGGUUCACAUAUUACUUGAUGUACAUAAUCAACACCAUGACAAACCAAGGAAAUGCAAUUCCUCUUCGUCGUCUCUCCUUCCGGAUACUCGUCGGAGUUUGGAUACUGGUCGCCACGGUCUUGGUCAACAGUUACUCGGGUACCGUCAUUUCUUACCUAACAAUCCCGAAUAUGAAACCACCCAUCAACACGUUCGAAGAUUUGGUCGCAAGCGAAGACGUCGAACUCAUUAUUUUAGCUGACACCAUGACCAAAAAGCAAAUACUGGAAGCUACACGCGGUGCACAGAAGAUUCUUGGCGAUGAUAUUCGCGCACAUCCUGAUCGAAUAUUAAACAGCAUAGAGGAAGCGACCGUUCGCUUGAAAACUGAGCGAUAUGCCUUUGGAAAUUCCCAAUCGUUUUCCAACAGCUUCAUCGCUAGUCAGUUCCAGGAGAAUGGCAAGUGUCGUUUCAAAACAUCUGACCCUUAUUCAAUGACCAUGUUUUAUUCUAUGCCAUUGCAAAAGAACAGCAAGUACACGCCGAUUUUUAAAUACGCUUUGAUGGAACUCUGGGAAACCGGACUUCCUGAAUAUUGGGUGAAAAACAGCAUGCCGCGAGCGCCGAAAUGUUUCGAGAAAACCAAACUACGGAGAACCGCCAUCCCCAAACCUAUUGGAUUGGAUGAUCUGGCCGGAGCUUUUUUCAUUUUGGGCGUCGGCGUCGGUCUAGCAACAUUCUUCUUUCUCGUGGAGAACAUGAUUCGAUUCAUAUCUCUUGCGAAGUCAACAGCGACACAAAACAAUAGAAUUUGAUUGCCAUCAUUUUCGUUCAUGUUUCAACGAACUUAAUGCAAACCUUGUUUCAUGAUUUAGUUAAUCUAUAAUACGACUAUAUUUAUUGCGCUUUAUUUUAGCGGUGCAAAAAAAUCUGUGUGACAGGUUAUUAUGAUAUUUACAACAUGAAACAUUCCUUCCCUCAAUUCCCUCUUGCUGAUUGCCCCAUUGACCCAGCAUUGACCAAUCUCGCUACACCCGACUUUGUUUUAUUACGUUUUAUAAAAUUUGAAGUACAAUUUGUGCGCUUUUUGUUCAGACACCUUGCUUAAAAAGCUGAUUGGAUAAUAUGCACUCUAAAGAGUAAACUAGGUCCUUGUACGUUAUUAGAGGGAGUUAAUAUU